AUGGGGAUAAGGAUGGCCAUGGUAGAUGAACCGUUAUACCCCAUUGCGGUGCUCAUAGAUGAGCUCAAGAACGAUGAUAUCCAGCUUCGGCUGAACUCGAUCCGCCGGCUAUCUACAAUAGCUCGCGCCCUUGGAGAGGAGCGCACGAGGAAGGAGUUAAUCCCCUUUCUGAGCGAGAACAGUGACGAUGACGACGAGGUUCUCCUUGCAAUGGCUGGAGAACUGGGAGUUUUUAUUCCGUAUGUGGGAGGCAUUGAGCAUGCACAUGUUCUUCUUUCUCCUCUUGAAUCUCUCUGCGCUGUUGAAGAGACCUGCGUGAGAGAAAAAGCUGUGGACUCGCUUUGCAAGAUUGGAUCUCAAAUGAGGGAAAGUGACCUUGUCGACUCCUUUGUCCCUCUUGUGAAGAGUCUGGCAGCUGGUGAAUGGUUUGCAGCCAGAGUUUCCGCAUGCGCGUACCAGGGCUGUAGCGAUGCGCUGAAGACAGAGUUACGGUCGACUUAUAGCCUGUUGUGCCGAGAUGACAUGCCAAUGGUGCGAAGAGCUGCUGCAUCUAACCUGGGGAAGUUUGCUACGACUGUGGAGGCAACCUAUUUGAACACUGAGAUCAUGACUAUGUUCGAUGAUCUUACUAAAGAUGACCAAGAUUCUGUCAGACUAUUGGCUGUCGAAGGCUGUGCAGCUCUUGGAAAGUUGUUGGAACCUCAGGAUUGUGUUGCACGCAUUUUACCUGUGAUUGUUAAUUUCUCUCAGGAAUUAUCAUCCGAUUCUUCUCAACAUGUCCGCUCUGCUCUAGCUUCAGUAAUAAUGGGGAUGGCUCCUAUCCUUGGCAAGGACUCAACCAUUGAGCAUCUGCUACCAAUUUUUCUUUCCCUUUUGAAAGAUGAAUUUCCUGAUGUACGCCUCAACAUCAUAAGCAAGCUAGACCAAGUCAACCAGGUUAUUGGAAUCGAUCUACUAUCACAAUCUUUGUUACCGGCUAUUGUAGAGCUUGCUGAGGAUCGGCACUGGAGAGUCCGGCUUGCUAUAAUAGAGUAUGUUCCUCUGUUGGCAAGCCAGUUAGGUAUAGGGUUUUUCGAUGACAAACUCGGAGCCCUUUGCAUGCAAUGGUUGCAAGACAAGGUCUACUCUAUCCGUGAAGCUGCAGCAAACAACCUGAAGAGACUCGCAGAGGAGUUUGGUCCUGAAUGGGCUAUGCAGCACUUAGUUCCCCAGGUAUUGGACAUGGUCAACAAUCCGCACUACCUACACAGGAUGAUGGUUCUGCGUGCAAUAUCUCUAAUGGCUCCUGUAAUGGGAUCAGAAAUCACAUGCUCUAAGUUUCUUCCUGUCGUGAUUGAAGCAGCAAAAGACAGAGUUCCAAACGUCAAGUUCAAUGUUGCCAAACUCCUGCAGUCUCUCAUCCCCAUAGUCGACCAAUCAGUGGUGGACAAAACAAUCCGUCAGUGUUUGGUGGACCUGAGCGAGGACCCUGAUGUUGAUGUUCGCUAUUUUGCAAACCAAGCGCUUCGCUCCAUUGACGCUACCGCCGUGACGCAAUCCUGA